AUGACACUAAGAGUCGCAAGAUGCACCCAAAUAUCGAACUGCGAUGCAGAGAGAUGCACCACCAGCUACAACCAGCGAUGUCACAGGUGCAACGGAGACUACGGAACCAGUGGCAAGGCAUAUGACAAUCUCUACACAUCUUGCAGGGAGAAAUGUUCCUGGAGAAGCAGCAGUAACAACUGUUACCCAGGCACGUGUCCGACCACGCCUUCGUCAUGCAGAUGUACUGCGGGAUUCGGCGGUGCGCAUUGUAGGACAAUAACCAGCCGACCAAGCAUCAUAAACUGCCUUGCGUCCUUAACCCGCAACACCGAUAGAGAUGAAGCUAGUUGUGAACAGUCAACUUUAAAAUACAGCAACAUGCGCCCGACCACUCUGACGGUAACAUGGACAGGCCACUUCACCCCGAGUGUUCCACCUAGACCAGUCUAUGUGCACAGCCACGCCUUGGGAAUAAUUUCAGGAGGGUUUACUGCUUCACAAUAUAGAGGUAACACUUUGCUCAGGAGAGUCAGAGAGACAUGUAGCUCAUCGGCCAGUAACAGUAACCCUAGGACGACUGUGAUGACCUGCACAGUGAAUAUGGCGAUCUAUAGCUGGUCUAUAACCGAUGGCGACAGGAUUCAAGCUGUGGCAGAUUUCAGAAAUGGCGGAUAUGUCAACAUUUACAACAGAGACGCUGGCAGCACCAUUCAAACGAAUUACUAUUCUGGAACUUCGUCCUAUUCUGCCCCAGCCCAGUUUGUUUUCGAUUUCAUCGCCCCAACAUGCAGUGGCACACAACUCAACAUCGGCCCGUCCGUUACCAAACAGAAUCAGAUUACGCUGCAGUUCUCAGGAUGGACGGAUGCUUUGAGUGGAGUCGCAAAAUAUGAGUACAGUGUCUACAUGUUAGGGGCUACCAGCGAAAUCCUAACAGAGCCUUCAACUUCAGUUGCUCAUGGCACCAUCCAAGCAAGCAGCAUCCAGCACCCCACCAUCACCCUGACCCAUGCAGGCGUGUACUCAGUCAUACUAACGGUGGACGACGCCGCAACCAACUACAGACGUACCAGGCGCUUCGUCCUGUUUGACAACACCAACACUGUGGAACUGGACUCGCACCACCCACUCGCCAUCACUAACAGCGUUGCUGGGAAUGGGGAGAACUGGCUGCAUUGCACGGCGUGCACGGUGACAGCGUCCUGGACCAGCCAUUUCAUUAAUCGGUACCACCACAACAACAAACUCCUGAACCCUAUCGCGGAAUUUCAUGCUGGAAUAGACGCUGCCUACGACCAAACGACGGGUACGCGUAACAAGAACGAAAUUCCCAAUGCCCAGGGAGUUACACAGUUCCAAGUAGCCUUUACAAAGGACCAUGCAGGGGGUACAACUUUGACUCAAGAACCGACCAGCUGGACAUCAGUUUAUCUCAACACACAGCGCAGCUUUUACCAAAGUAAGCAGGAUGGAGACACCGUGAAAAUAUGGGUCAAGGCGAGAGACAUCAUGGGGAACGAGAUCACCGACAGCGUCACGGCACACGUCGACUCCUCGCCACCGGUCAUAGAAAACAUGUGGCUGGCGAGUGGAGACGAGACCAACAUUGUCGUGCACAACUCUGUGGAUCUGUAUGAAAUGCAAAUUCAGUUCGACGCAUUUGACCAGCAUAGCGGACUCCAUGACAUAACCUGGAGACUGACCGACUUUAAAACUUCAGCCAACAUUGGAUCAGGAGUAGUAGCUGUACAAACAUUAGCUUGUGGUAGCACCUGUACCACUAACUGUGUACAGACUGCAAAGGGACCGUGUUACAAAAAGGAUUACAUCAUCACCAUUGACCAAAGCCAGGUGAAUGUGGGUGGACAUGACCACGACUACCUCCUGACAGUCACUGUCAGGAACAAGGCAACUCUCAGCACAACACAAACACUGAAGAUAACAGUGGACACAUCCCCGCCUCUUCCCGGUACUGUGCAUGACGGUUUAGAGGGGCAGGCAGAGAUAGACUAUCAGCAGACGACAGCGAUUAAGACCUGGUGGGACGGCUUCUUUGACGAAGAGAGCGGCGUGAAGUUCUACCUGUAUGGCUAUUCUACCAGCUGCUUGGAUGCAGCUGAUCUUCAACUACCGAAGGGCGCAUCUAUAACCAGGACAACUGACACCAACGCUGUCUACACGGCACCAACCCCCGGGACCUACUUCUGCACAGUGGUGGCCUACAACCACGCGCUGGACCCGUCCGUACCGGUGUGUUCUGACGGCGUCACGGUGGACGUCACCCCGCCGACUCUCACGGCCAUCCAGGUGGACCACCUCGCCGUCCGGCCUGGGGUGGUGAAAGAUGCUGGUGGUGACGUCUGGUUGAUAGACCAGAGACGGCACCGUGUGCUGGUGUUAGACCCCCCAGCGCAAUGCCUCACUGCACCUCGAGUAAACAACAUCGAUGACUACGCCCCGAGGCUAGAUCUUGUGACGAACACCACCCUGUCCAACCAGUACUGCACUCAGCACCGAGGGCCACCAACAAUCAACUACCUUUCGGUCGACCGUACUCUGUUUGUUUCCUGGAUCGGUGAGGAUGAAAGCGGGAUUUACGAUUUCUCGGUGGGGUUGAGCAGCACCAGUAGUACAAGUAGCCCCGACAUCAUGCCCUUCACCUCCACCACCGGCAUCCCGGAGCUGCGCUUCUCCCAUCCACGCAUCAGUCAGAACUCCCAGUUCCAUCUGGUCAUCAAGGCUGAGAACAGCGCGGGGCUAACCACUGUCAAGACUGUAGGCCCCAUUGUUGUGGACAUAACUUCUCCUCAGUUUGUCGGACAAAUCACGCUAUCUACUGAGGGGAACUAUCUUGUAGGACGCUGGUCAGUGAACGACUUCUACGACCAAGAAAGCCAGGACCCACUGCAGUACCAAUUCGCUGUUGGACGUCACCCAAGUUCGGCUGACAUGUCAAGUUUCCGCGAUGUUGGAGCCAAUGGUCCCUGCGCGAGCUCUCAGCCUCCGAACUGUGCAGCGAUUGGAACAGACGCGUUGGACCUCCAUCCAAGUGACAGUUACUACAUGUUUGUCAAAGUGACCAACCCGGCAAGCCUGUCGGUCAUGGGUACAUCAGGCGCUUACAGGAUACCCGGGACGUCACCCACAUACGGUGUCGUGUUUGACAUUGCGCCGGAUGUGGAUGACGCAGGAAGUCACGAUUACGAAGACGUCGACGCCCAAACAGACACCGGAGUUUUGUCGGCACGUUGGUUCGGCUUCAGUCAAGAUGCAGCGGCAGUUACCUAUGAGGUGGCGGUAGGGACAACUGCCGGCGGUCAGGACGUCCGACCCUUCACUACUGCUGCCGGCACGGAUGUCUCCAUCACCGGCCUUAGUCUCCAGUACUUCCAGACCUACUUCAUCACUGUGAGGGCAACGAAUGAUGCGGGGACUGCCAUAGUCAGUUCAGACGGGGUCACCGUUCUAGAGCACGAUGGCCGGGUAGAAGGAAUGGUGGUGAAAGAUGGACCAGGGUGUUACAACAACUUCGACGAUACCUGUCAACAAGAAUUUCAGCUUUCUGUCUCCACUUGCUGGGUACGCUGGGAAACACCGCAAAACGUCCAGGGCUACUUGAGCGAGAUAUACUGGACCAUAGAAGAGCAGUUACAGAAUGGUACGCCAUCAUUUUUACUAUAA